CACGCUGUCCUUUAUUUAAGCCAAGUUUCAAGGGGACACCAAGAGGGCAGUUUCCCCUGCUGAAGUCUCACUCCCCCCCCCCCCAAGCCUCUGAUGACCGGAAUGAGGACCCACCUCCAGGCCCCUUUGGCCAACUCGGGGGCGGCCGAGGUAGAAACUGAGUCCCCCUGCAGCCAGCACCAUGGGCAGCAAAACCUUGCCAGCACCGGUGCCCAUACACCCAUCCCUGCAGCUCACCAACUACUCCUUCCUGCAGGCAGUGAACGGGCUGCCUGCUGUGCCCUCUGACCACCUGCCCAAUCUAUACGGUUUCAGUGCGCUGCACGCCGUGCACCUGCACCAGUGGACUCUGGGCUACCCUGCCAUGCACCUGCCCCGCACCUCCUUCUCCAAAGUGCCCGGAGCCGUUUCCAGCCUGGUGGAUGCACGCUUCCAGCUGCCGGCUUUCCCCUGGUUCCCACACGUCCUCCAGCCCAAGCCUGAGGUCACAGCAGCGGGCAGCGGCCCCAUGGGGCUCAAGACCAAGCCGCGUUUCGAUUUUGCCAACUUGGCCUUGGCUGCCACGCAGGAAGACCCUUCCAAGCUGGGCCGGGGAGAGGGUCCUGGCUCCCCAGCAGGUGGGCUGGGUGCCCUGCUGGAUGUCACCAAGCUGUCCCCAGAAAAGAAGCCCACCAGGGGACGUCUGCCUUCCAAGACCAAGAAGGAGUUUGUCUGCAAGUUCUGCGGCCGCCACUUCACCAAGUCCUACAACCUCCUCAUCCAUGAGAGGACACACACGGAUGAGAGGCCCUACACCUGUGACAUCUGCCACAAGGCCUUCCGGAGGCAGGACCACCUUCGAGACCACAGAUACAUUCAUUCCAAAGAGAAACCUUUCAAAUGUCAAGAGUGUGGGAAGGGAUUUUGCCAGUCCAGGACUCUCGCUGUCCACAAGACCCUGCACUCACAGGUGAAGGAGCUUAAAACCACCAAAAUCAAGUGCUAGAAGCCUCAGUGCCGCGGACCUGGGUCACAGGGCCCCCUCCUCCAGGGGGAUCUCAAGCCAAGGCGACUCUGGUGGGCAGUGGGAGGGGCUCCCUGGACCCUGACCCACCCCUUACACCCCAAAUUUUAUCCCCACCCCCACCCUGGGGAGCAUGCAGAACUGCAGAGCCCAGGUCCCAGGGGCCAG